CUCGGCGGCGGCCGCUGCUCGCGCUCGCGGUCUAGGGCGCGCAGGAGGCGCCGGGCACUCCGGCCGCGGGCAGCUCGGGGGCACGGCGGCUGAGGCGGCCGGGAGGGAGGGGGCCCGCGCCCGGCUCAGCUGUCGCUACGCGGCAUGGCCGGGACGCCCCGCGUGCCCUCAAGCCGGGAGAGGACUCGCAGCAGCCCCGGGGCUGCGGGCGGCGGCGGCCGGGGUGGCUGCGGCGGCUCCCGCUCCGCCUCCUUCUCUGGCCCCGGGUCUGCAGCUGCGACGGCCGCCCGCUCGCCUCCUCCUCCUCUUACCCCUCCUUCCCUCCGCCUCGAGCGUGUGAGGAGGAGCCGCGGGUCUGAGAAACGCCAUAGCAGCGCUCCCAGCACUGACCAACAAGGUGCGAGCAACGCCUGCGCAGCUCGGGGAGACGCCGCCUCCGCCUCCGCCUCCCCGGCGCAGCCCGCUCCGCCUCCCGCUCGGCCUCCGCCUCCCGCGGCCCGGCGGGCUCGGCUGGGCGUCAGCCUCUCGGCCGCGGCCGCCGACGCCUGCGGCUCGGCGCGCUCUGCAAGCUUUAGCUCUCGCUCCCCCGUCCGACCGCUCCGGCGCCCUGCAGCCUCGCCGGGCGCCACGGCGCGCCCGGACUCCUUCGCAGCCCAGGGCCCUUCCCGGAGCCCAGCAGGAGCGGAGCAAGCUCGGGAAUCUUUCUCUCAGUCGUGGCGUCGGGCACGGUCCCCUGCUGCUCCUCACUCUGCCACCGGAGUUGCUAAGGCCACAGAAGAGACCUCUUUGGUGCUCACCUCUUGAGAGUGCCACAGACAGACCAGGCGGGGAAAGGCAGGCGCGGAGCAAGAGGCCGAGCCAUUCUCCCCCAACCUCACAACUCUGUAAACGGAGCUGGAAGUUAAUCCUACCAGUCUAGACUUUGCUAGGCAGCCUGGAAAAGGCCGAAGCACCCAGAUGGAGAAAGUAACCUGGUUAACUGCAGUCCAGAAGCAGAUGAUCCUUCUUCUGACCAAAGGUCAGAGGUCACAAGUAGCCUGUCACAGUUCCUGCCUCUCUCACCUCACUUCAUCUCAUGCGGCCAUUUUAUCGUCUCCUGUCAUCACAAGAAGAAGCGUGAGUACAGUACAAUAAGAUAUUCUGAAACAGAGAGACCACAUUUACAUAACUUAUUACAGUACAUUGUUAUACUUGUUCUAUUUUAUUGUUAUUAUUGCUAAUCUCUUACUGUGCCUAAUUUAUAAACUAAACUUUAUCAUAGGUGUGUACAUACAGGAAAAAAAAAUAGUAGAGCUAGGGUUCAGCGCUGUCCACAGUUUCAGACAUCCCCUGGGGAUCAUGGAAAUAGCCUCUGUGGAUAAGAAGAGAAUAUCAUGCUUGUAUUUCGUGAAAUGCUGUGUCUCCUCCUGCAAAAUGCUGACCACUUCUUCUCCUGUAUUCCCAUUGUACCUGGCAAUACCCCCUUUUUAACUGUGUUAAUUACACUGUGAUUUAUUAUCUGUUGUUAUGUGUGCUUUCCCUGCUAGACAGCAAUUAACUGUGGCCACUGAAAGUGUAUUUUAGUCACCUCUGUUUCUCCAGCUCCUGUCACCAUGCCUGGCCCAUGGAAAGUGCUCAAUUAAUGUUUGUCAGGUUGAAUAACAAGCUGAGUCAUGAGUCGUCCUCUGGCUCUAGAUUAUUUCAUAGGUCACUCCAUCUCUGAAUUAUAAACAAUUAUUAUUUAUCAAGUCCAGAAAACAACACCAUUUCCUAUCAGUUUGGAUCCGAAUUUUUUUCAUUCAUCUGAAAAUUUAAAUUUCUUUGAAAUUUAAAUUUCUUUGAAAUUUCUUUGAAAUCAAGAUCUGCACUUUUGCCACUGAACUGGGAAUGUACCUCUAGACUAUCAUUUACUAAAACUGUUAGUGUAUUGUGAGCUUAUUGUUUGUUAAUUUGUGGUCUCCCUUACUAGGAUUUUACCCUCAGAGGUGCUUGCUUUAUUAUCUUUGCAUCCCUAGCACCUGGCAUAUAGAAGGCACGAUCUCUCAAUAGAUGUUGGAUAGAUAGAGAGAGAGAGAUGAUAGAUAUAAACAGAUAAAUUGGUCUUUCUUUUAUCUAUCUAUCUUAUUGAGAAAAUGGAUAAAUGAAAUCCCA